AUGUACUUCUUCCUCCUCAACCUCUCCCUCCUCGACCUUGGAUCCAUCUCCACCACUGUCCCCAAAUCCAUGGCCAACUCCCUCUGGRACAMCAGGGCAAUUUCCUUCUCGUCAUGUGCUGCCCAGGUCUUCCUCUUUGUCUUCUUCUUAGUAGGGGAGAUUUCUCUCCUCACAGUCAUGGCCUAUGACCGCUUUGUGGCCAUCUGCAGACCCCUGCACUAUGGGAGCCUCCUGGACAACAGAGCUUGUGUCCACAUGGCAGCAGCUGCCUGGGCCAGUGGCUUCCUCUAUGCUGUCCUGCAGACUGGGAACACAUUUUCCAUUCCUUUCUGCCUAGGCAAUGAGGUGGAUCAGUUCUUCUGUGAGAUCCCCCAGAUCCUCAAGCUCUCCUGCUCACACUCCUACCUUAGAGAAGUCAGGGUUACUGUAAUUGCUGCCUGUAUGGCCUUUGGUUSUUUCAUUUUCAUUGUGGUGUCCUACGUGCAGAUCUUCAGAGCUGUGCUGAGGAUGCCCUCAGAGCAGGGCCGCCACAAAGCCUUUUCCAUGUGCCUCCCGCAUCUGGCCGUGGUCUCCCUCUUUGUCAGCACCGACAUAUUUGCCUACCUGAAGCCCCCGUCUAUCUCCUCCCCAGUUCUAGAUCUAGUGGUGACUGUUUUGUAUUCAGUGGUGCCUCCAACACUGAACCCCCUCAUCUACAGCAUGAGGAAUAAGGAGCUCAAGAUUGCCCUGAGGAAACUGUUUUCUUGGACAUUUUUCAGUCAUGAACCACGAUAUCGGGUCCUUGUUCUGAUCAUCGGAGCUGUGUUGCACUCUCUGCAUCACUCUUGGGAGAUCACAGCUGAAAAAGAGAGUCCCCAAAUGCCUGGAGAGGUGAAAAUGUCCAACAGCAGCAUCUUCAAUGAGUUCCUGCUCCUUGCAUUUGCAGACAGGCGGGAGCUGCAGAUCCUGCACUUCUCGCUCUUCCUCAGCAUCUACAUGGCUGCCCUCGUGGGCAACRGCCUCAUCAUCACAGCCAUAGCCUGUGACCACCACCUCCACACCCCCAUGUACUUCUUCCUCCUCAACCUCUCCCUCUUUGACCUUGGCUCCAUCUCCACCACUGUCCCCAAAUCCAUGGCCAGCUCCCUCUGGAACACCAGGGCCAUUUCCUAUUUG